AUGGAAUUACUAAUGAGCAUAAUGUUAAUGGCUAUUGAGCGUGCUAUCAUAUCAUAUUUUCCAAAUCAAUCCAUAUUUAAAACUUGGCGAACAUUAGCCUUUGUUAUUAUGCUAUGGGUAAUAAGUAUUUGUUUAGCUAUACCUAUGCUUACACAUCAUAUACCUGUAAAGCCUUCCGAAUUUCAGUAUAAUUGUAACAUCGGCAGGAGAGUUCCAAUCUUAUAUCCGAUAGUAUGCAUAUUUAUUUAUGGCAGUUGUCUUCUUAUCAUAUUGAUUUGUUUCGCAGCGCUUUUGUCGCAUAAUAAUCAAUGGAAAAAUCAAUCACUAGGAAUGAAAUCAAAUGAAAAUUCAACAUUUAACAAACAUACUGCU